GUGUGUGGUGGGCCAGAUGUGGCGAGGAGAACCCCUGUCCCACAUUCAGACACAGACCCCCAUCGUCCUCCACAGCAGAGUCGACAGAAAUCCAGACAGGACAGACGGGAGGAAGGAGAAAAGAUGGUGAAACAAGUUGUUCGGAUCCAUGUUGGGAUGCUGUUUUUGGCUCUGUGUCUGCACUUGGGGGAAGCUGCUGCAGCCAUGCUGAAAGGUGACAAGGCCCAGGAUGGAAGUGGCGGCGGCGGGGACAACAUCAGCCACUCCCUGACCCUGGUGCAGCGCCUGGAGGCCCUGCUGGCUCAGGGGAACGGCAGUGACGUGUCGCUCAGGGUAGAGACGCCCAGUGCGGACGAGGUGAAGGUGAUCCAGUCUCACUCGCUGGUGCUCUCCCUGCAGAGCCCCGUGUUCGACGAGAUCCUGCUGAGCCGCAACGGCAGCACGUUGGUCCUGAAAGAGAGCUCCGACUGCGCUGCCGUGUUUGACAAGUUCAUCAGGUAUCUGUACUGUGGAGAGCUUUCUCUGCGUCUGGACCAGGCGAUACCUUUACACAAGCUGGCCACUAAGUACCAAGUGAUGGGUCUCCAGCAGGGCAUUACCCAGUACAUGAGCCAGAAUGUGGCACGGGAGUCCUCCUCGGGACACGUGGCGGGCUGGUACGAGUACGCCCUGCAGGCCGGCGACGUGACUCUGAGGGACAGCUGUCUUCAGUUCAUGGCCUGGAACCUGUCGUCGGUGCUGCGGAGCGGAGAGUGGGUGACCAUCAGCAGCCAGCUGCUCAUGGCCCUGCUGCAGCGCUCGGACCUCGUCCUGCAGAGUGAGAUGGAGCUCUUUGCUGCGCUGGAGGCCUGGAUUAUUCAGAAUGAGCCGGACAGUUUGACAGCGGAGAACGCAUUGAGAGCCGUACGUUAUGCCAUGAUGCCACCACGGGAGCUCUUCCGCCUGCAGACCCAGUCAUCGGUCCUGGCUCGCUAUCAGGAGUCGGUGCGUGACCUGCUCUACAUGUCCUACCAGUUUCACUCUGCGUCGCCACUGGCCAUGGCCAAAUACUUUGACGUGAACUGCAGCCUCUUCAUGCCCAGGAACUACCUGUCGUCAGUGUGGGGGUCUGCCUGGAUCAUCAGCAACCCCUCGCGAGACGACCGCAGCACCAGCUUCCAGACCCAGCUGGGGCCCAGUGGCCAUGACUCCAGCAAGCGGGUGACUUGGAACGCCAUGUUCUCGCCACGCUGGUUACCCCUCAGCAUGAGGCCGAUGUACACGGAGACGGGCGCCAUGCAGCCGACACGUGUUGAUGGAGGGAGCCCUCGCAUCAUCAUAACGCCGGCCACAUCCAGCGCAGAUUUCGCCGGGGUGAACUUCCAGAAGACGGUGCUUGUGAUGGCUCAGCAGCAUGGGAAAGUGGUGGUGAAACAUGUCUACAACUUCCACCAGAGCACAGAAGAAAACGGCGAUUUCUUGGUCGAAGCUGACCUGUACCGCCGGACGUCGGAAUACCUCAUCGAUAGCUCGCUCUUCCUCCAUAUUGUGGUGAAGCCGCUGUACCAAACCCUUCUAACCAGCAAGAACUAAGCCUCCGACCUCCUCACUCAUCUCACUCAACACAAUCCAACCUUGUGAAGCGACAUAGAUACAGUAUAUGUAUACGUAGAUAACGCAUUUGCCGCUGCUAUUUACUGGAGUGAUACGUCGACCUGACCCAAACUAGCAUUAGCUUAAUUCAGUAUCAGGACAGUCACUUAAGCUAACUUUAUGUUAGCUUUAAAGAAAGAUUAACGUUACCUUUUGUGAUAUUAAAUUGAAGACGUUCGUAACAGUAAAAUAUUACAAAACACAUUUUUUUCACCUGUAUAAUGUUAUUCCAUAGCACAAAAGUUGCAUUAAAGUUUAGUUUUUAUGAGUCUCCAUGGUCAGAAAGGGUCAGAUGUCUGUCCCAAGAUGGCGGCGGCAGAGAUGCAUCUCACAAGCCAGAUGCGGCAUCUACGUAUAUAUAUAUAUAUACAGUGUAUAUAUACAUUUAUGGUGAAGCGACAUCUCACUCAUAUCACAUCGUGGGGAUCUGAAUCCUCCUCGUGUGUGACGUUUGGAUCAUUUGUCUCGCCUCAUAUAACUGCUGUUUUCAUUGGGCAACUAACACACCAAAGCUUGACUCAUGACUAUCUCAGAGCAUUUUGUAAAUCAUAAUGUAACAUGAGUGUAAAGUCAUGAUGAAACGUGUGUUUAUAUUUUUCUUACUGUCAACAUAUUCCACGAAAAGACCAAAACAACAGUGACUGUAUCCACUAACUAGUCUUGUGUUUGUAUCACAGCCUGAUAUACUGUAUAUCUUCUUCCUCUGUGCCAUAGAGCUCCAUUGUUGUUAAAAACACACCAAAGAGCCACACUCUUGCACUGGGGGACAUGUGUAUGAUUUACACAUGUACACAUGUCCCCCAGAUGAACACACACACUGUAGUUUAUUUUGACUCAAUCUCACACACACCGUCUUGCUGCCACAAAUACUCACUAGAGCACCAAAUGGGGAUUAAUCCGCCGCUGAAAAUAGUUCCCAACAUAUACGCUAUUUACUACUGUUUGAGUGAUGUUUGCUAAAAACUACAGUGACCAGCUGUUUCAGGAAAUUACUGAGCAUUUAAAAAAA